AAUAUGAACUAAAAGGAGUAGAGUAUUUGAGACAAUUAGAUGUUUCUAUUGAAUUUUAGUUCUUUUACGGAUCUGUUUGGCUGUUUAAGGUUUAUUACUGCAAUUUAAUCGAAAUAAAGUCUGCUUUUGACCGCUCUGUUAAGUUUCCCAGCUCCGUCGUGGAAGCUACUCUCUGUCGACCCAUCUUCGCCGCGUACAGGGUCUGACCCGAUUUGUGUCCCGUGGAGCAAUCCUCCCCCUACCGGAGGAGUCCCGUGACACCUGCCGAUUAUCUCCGACCUGUCAUUUCUGGACCGACAGCUCCACACGCCGAGUCCAAAGCCCAAAGAUGAGUGGCGGUGCUGCGAAUUUCAUAAAAUGCGGCUCGGUGCUGGUAACCGGAGCCAACCGGGGCCUCGGGCUGGAGUUAGUCGAGCGUCUGGCGAGUGGAGGCUUCUCACCGGGCAAGAUCAUAGCCACGACUCGGAACACUGCAACGGCGGAGAAACUUCAGGAACUGGCAGAGAAGCAUCCAAACAUCCACAUAGUCACUUUAGAUGUAGUGAACCAGGACAGCAUAGAGAAGUGUGCAGCAGACGUGGCUCAGCUGGUGCAAGAAGAAGGUCUGAACUGUCUGAUCAACAACGCGGGGAUCAACGUGGUGGCCGACUUUCAUUCUGUUACUGCAGAGAAGAUGAUAGAAAACUUCCACACCAAUUCUGUGGCUCCUCUAAUGAUCACCAAGGCCUUUCUGCCUCUGUUGAAGCGAGCGGCAUCCAGAGGAGCAUUAGCUGGCUCUAAGACUAUGAGCAUCCAGAGAGCAGCAGUCAUUAACAUGAGCUCUCUGCUGGGCUCAGUGGAGCUCAACUGGGGGGAGAGGGGCAACACCUUCAAAUGGUAUCCCUACAGGACCUCCAAGUGGAAAUGUAAGAGCUCCCGGCAUGGAUUAGCCGCACAGCAAGAUGGUAAAAUUGAAGAAAAAGAAGAGCUGAGUUUCAUAUUUCUCAUUACAGAGCCCACAUGGAUGCAGAGCCUCAUGGUGACUAUUAUAGACCUCGUGGCUCCCGUGGAGCUGAUUUCAUCCUCUGGAGAACUGAAGAUGCCAUUUUCAGAUGCCAUCAAGUACAGCAUUCUGGCCAUCUCAGUCACUCUCCUGCUGCUGGCGCUGGGCAUCCUGGCCUGGCAGAUCUUCAGAUGCUGCACACAGACACACAAUAUGUACAACCAGCAUGACACGGUGAGCAGUAACCUCCUUUACACAGAUGAGAAGCCAACAACUGCAGGAAACUACUCAGGAGCUCCAAGUACUAAGGUGGAGGAUGUCAGCACGGAGGCCCACAGACUGAGUCGAUGUUUGUCUCAGACAUCGUUUCCGUCCUCAGGAUCCAGCCAGAGAGACGAGGACAUGGGAGAGCAGGAAAGCAUUAAAAAGCACAUCUUCAUUCACCAGGUUGAUGGAUCGCUUCGGUUCUCCGUCUACUAUGACCGGCUGCAGUCGCGUCUGGUUGUCACCGUGUUGCAGGUCGAGGGUCUUUUGCAGCUCAGCCAGACCUGCAGCCUCCAGCCGUUUGUGAAACUACGACUCAUGUGGGCUGGAUCAGAGACGGUGGAGGUGGAGGGCUUCACAAAUGAGGAGGGUGAAGAGACGCUGCCUGUUCUGUGGACGGUGCUGCAGGAGUGGAGAACUCGCACUGUGAAAGGAAGCUGCAGCCCUUUAUAUGGAGACCAGUUCAGCUGUGUUCUGCAGGAGGACAAGCUUCAUCACGUCAGCCUCAGGAUGGAGGUGAAGGACUUUGAUAAAUUCUCCAGACACACAGUGUUGGGGGAGGUGAGGCUUCCUAUCGGGCAGCUCAACAUCUUUUACCCUCUGGAGCUACAAGAGGAGCUGCAGGUACCCCAGAAGGAUCUUGUUGGAGAGGUGCUGCUGUCGUUGAAGUUUCUUCCCACUUCUCAGAGGCUUGAGGUCGGCCUGCUGAAGGUCAGGAUGGUCCUCACUGAGAUGUGCUCGGAUGCAGCCCUGUAUGCCAGGAUCAGCGUCCAGUGUAACCAGUGCAAGCUGAGGUACCAGAAAACCUCUGCAGUGGCUCGCUGCCUGGUGACCGUCUUCAAUCAGGUCCUCAUGUUCUCCCUGCCAGAGUUUCCCGUGGAGCAGGGCAAGAUUUCGAUCUCUGUGUAUGAGACUCACACAGCCAGGAAAUCAACCAAACGUCUGAUCGGACAGCUGAGUGUGGGGAAGGAGAGGAGCAAAGAGGAUGAGCACUGGACCUCGAUGAUGCGCUCAGUCCGCCAGCCAGUAGCAAAGUGGCACAGCCUGCUGAUCUGAGGUGCAGCUCAUGAACUUUGUCCACUACACGGUUGUAGUGAGGUCUUCAUGCGCCCACCUAAACAGCAAAUUCACUGACACCUCAUGGUACUCAAUCUACUUGUUCACCCUCAUCUCUUCAAUUUCUGCUUUGAGCUCCAGCCCUUAUCGUAUUGGAAGAGCUUUAAAGAUUAGAACUAUCACUUCUCACUUCUUAGGUUUUGCACUUGUGUACAAUCUUACUGAAUAACUGUUUUUGUGUUACUGUUAAAUUUGUGUUCUUUUGUGCUCGUUUUAACUGUUCAUUCUGCAUUAUUAAAUCUCUAUGAUGUGA